CCGUUUUACUCCUCGUAAUGGAAUGGGAGUGGUCGUAAUUUGCCCAACUAGGGCGCUUGCAAUACAGACCCAUGCUGUGGCAAAAGACGUUCUCAAGUACCACUCUCAGACUCUUGGUUUGGUUAUUGGUGGUUCAGCUAGAAGAGGAGAAGCAGAGCGUCUUGUGAAAGGAGUGAAUUUAUUAGUAGCAACCCCUGGUCGACUUCUUGACCAUCUGCAAAAUACCAAGGGGUUCAUUUAUAAAAAUUUGAAGUGCCUAAUAAUCGAUGAAGCUGACCGGAUACUGGAAGCAAACUUUGAGGAAGAAAUGAAGCAGAUUCUUAAGCUUCUACCACAGAAUAGGCAAACGGCUUUAUUUUCAGCCACCCAAACUCAGAAGGUUGAGGAUCUUGCACGCUUAUCGUUGAAAAAUGCUAUCUAUAUUGAUGUGGAUGAUGGAAGAAAUAAGGUCACUAAUGAAGGGCUGCAGCAAGGCUAUUGUGUUGUCCCCAGUGCCAAGAGAUUUAUUCUUCUAUAUUCCUUCUUGAAGAGGAACCUGUCAAAGAAAGUGAUGUUCUUCUUCUCUUCAUGUAACUCAGUCAAAUUCCACUCUGAACUGCUGAGAUAUAUUCAGUUGGAUUGCCUUGAUAUCCAUGGACAGCAAAAACAGCUGAAAAGGACAACUACAUUUUUUAACUUCUGCAAAGCAGAGAAGGGAAUCUUGCUAUGUACCGAUGUUGCUGCUCGUGGGCUUGAUAUUGCUGACGUGGACUGGAUUGUGCAGUAUGAUCCUCCGGAUGAACCCAAGGAAUACAUUCAUAGGGUUGGUCGAACAGCUCGUGGGGAAGGUGCAAAAGGAAAUGCUCUGCUUUUCCUGAUUCCUGAAGAGUUGCAAUUUAUUCGCUAUCUGAAGGCAGCAAAAGUCCCUGUUAAAGAGUAUGAAUUUGAUCAAAAGAAGAUGGCUAAUGUGCAGUCUCACCUGGAAAAUUUGGUAGCCAAUAACUAUUACUUGAACAAGUCGGCUAAAGAAGCAUACAGAUCCUACAUAUUAGCAUAUAACUCUCACUCUAUGAAAGAAAUCUUUGACGUUCACCGCCUUGAUUUGCAGGCUGUUGCCAGUUCUUUCUGUUUUUCGAACCCACCAAAGGUGAGUGUGAACAUAGAUAGUGGCGCCUCAAAGUUCAGAAGGAAAAUCCGGAAAGUUGAUGGAAAGCGACACGGUUUCAGUGAGAGCAGCCCUUACGGAAGGCAGGGAGGUGGAGAUUCUAAGCGACAAUCUGUGAGGCAUUAGCAGAGUGGGCUCUCUUCCAGUGUGGAGCAAGUGAAGUGCCCCAUAGGCUAUAAAUUCUGUGAGCAGCAGCAAUUGAACUGAACAUUCCAAAUGCAUCCUGCAGGAUUUCGACCUAUUCAGCCAUUGAAACAGAAGGAUGCAAAAAAUUCAGUGAGGGAAGUAGGUUUUGGCUUGUGGGUUUUAGCGGUUCACCAUUUUACUGGUGGUAGCGAUAUCUUAUAUCAUUGACGCUCGCUACAACUACAAGGAGCUCAAAGUAGCUAAAAACAUGUUGAGAAAUAUAUUCAAUUUUGAUGUGUGACCUGAUUGAUUCAGCAGGUCUAAUAUUUAUGUUUUUUAGUAUUAGCGAGCUAUUGACAUUUAAAGGCAUCCAUAUGGAUACCGAUAUAAUUAUUCAAACAUAGACUAUAUUCCAGUUGUUGCAUCUUUGAUCUUU